CUCGCAGUGUGCAAAAAUGUAAACAGAAGGUCACGUGGUUGACUGGUUGUAUUCAUUCAAGGCGAAGACAUCGGCGUAUACAACUGGGAAAAAUUUUGAAGCUGAACUAAACAAACUGACUAAAAACAAGAUGGGUGAUCCUUGCAACUGUGCUAAAUCUGGAACUUGCAAGUGUUCCGACCAAUGUACGAGCGCAGACGGCUGCAUAUGUGGUCCUAACUGCAAAUGUGGCUCCGAUUGCAGCUGUCCCGGAUGUAAAGUCAUCACCUGCAAGUGCAGUGGUUCAUGUGCAUGUGGGAAAGGUUGUACUGGGGAAGGCACAUGCGGAUGUGGCAACGACUGCUCGUGCAAAAAGUGAUGGGGAGAUGUCACGUGGUUUCAGCGGCAUGCGAGGACACGUUUACAAAUAUCAUGUUACCACUUGCCUAGAUUCGCCAUGCAUUGCUGCAAAUCUUCAGAUCAUAGAUGGUGGUUUCAUAAUUUUCAGUUUCACCAGAUAACAUUUGAAUAAGACAGUCUUAUUUUUCAUGAUCUCAAAACCCCGUGACAUAGAUAUAUUACUUUAGAAAAUAAAUGUUAAAAUAAAUGCGAUAUAAUAAUG